AUGGAGGUACGAUCAAUGAAUGCUCAUUUUGCCCCAUUACUUCCUCCUCCUCCGCCAUUCGUCGCCCCUCCCCUCCCCCCUUUCCACCCCAUACGAGACUCAUGUGUUGAUUUGAUUCUUGGCUCCCUUUCGUGCGGCGGCAGAUUCAAUCCCAAGACGUUUCUCGAGACCAUGCGGAACAAGAUCGUCGCGUUUGUGGGUGAUUCGCUAAGCGACAACCUGCACGCGUCCGUCCACUGCAUCCUCUCCGCAUACACGAAAAUUGAGUUCAAGAAGUCGUGGCUAGGCGGCGCGAGGCCAGUGGGGUCGCUGCACGCGGCGCAGUACAACUUCACGCUGCUCUCCAUCAACAGCGGCUACAUCGUGCAGAGCCCGCGAUACGUGAGUCGGCCGCCAUACGCGAGUCAGAGCCCGAUUUGUGGCUUGAGCACACCUCCCUCCCUGACGUCUCCUCUCCCUCUCCGCCUUCCUCCCUCCCUGCUGCCCCCUUGCCUGCUUCCUUCUCAGUGCUUCCCUCCUCCGUUCUCCUCUCCCCCUCCCGUGCGUCCCCCCUCCAUUCUUCCCCCCGUGUUUUCUUCCUCCGUGCUCUUCCCCCGGCUGCUUUCGCCUUCCAGUUCUUCCCCUCCUGCUAACCGUACGCAGCCAUACGUGGUGAACCCCAAGUGGGCGGGCAUUCUGCCCUACACGCACUCUAUCAUUUUCAGCGCCGGCCAUUGGUUCUUCCACCCGGUAUGCCCCAUGCUCUCUGGUUCUUCCACCCGGUAUGCCCCUCCACCCGGUAUGCCCCGUGCUCUCUGGUUCUUCCACCCGGUAUGCCCCACGCUCUCUGGUUCCCCCAUUCGGUAUGCCCCGUGCUCUCUGGUUCCCCCAUUCGUAGCAAUGGCGCGCAAAGAACGGGCGAGUGCGUCCACGGCGUUAGCGGACGUGGCGUGGAUGGCGGGCGUGGCGACGUGCAUCAAGGUACUGCUGGUGCCGGCGUAUCGCAGCACGGACUUCGAGGUGCACCGCAACUGGCUGGCCAUCACGCACUCGCUGCCGCUCUCGCAGUGGUACGUGGACGCGACGAGCCAGUGGACGCUGGACUACCCGCCGCUCUUCGCCUUCUUCGAGCGCUGCCUCGCGCUGCUCGCGUGCCGCGUCGACCCGCUCAUGACCCACCUCGUUAACGGGCUCGAACACGCCAGCUACGCCACCGUGCUGUUCCAGCGCGUAUCAGUGAUGGCCACGGACUGCCUGCUGGCCGUGGCAGCGUGGCGCUGCACGCGCGGCCUGCCCUCUCGGGCGCACCGCAACGUGGCAGCGGGGGCGGUGGUGCUGUCAGCGGGGCUGCUGCUGGUGGAUCACAUGCACUUCCAGUACAACGGCAUGCUGCUUGCAAUGCUGCUACUCUCCCUCGCCCUCCUCGCCGAGGGGAGGCACGUGUGGGCGUCACUCACCUUCGCGUCUCUCUGCUGCUUCAAGCACCUCUUUGCCGUCGCUGGUCCCUUCUUCCUCGUCUUCCUCCUCCGCCACCACUGCUUCCCUCCACCCCCCGCCGCCGCUGCACCGCACACCACCACACACAACAGCUCCAAACCGCCCAGACGCAUUUCCCCUGGUGCAAAACAUCAAUCCACUUCAGCCUCGGCGCCAGGCAGCUCCAUCCCCCUCCUCACCUCGCUCGCCCGUAUAGUCACACUGGGAGCAGUGGUCGUCACAGUGCUGCUUGUUUCCUUCGCCCCCUUUAUAGUCACAAACCAGAUGCCCAACCUGAUCGCCCGUCUGUUCCCCUUCGGUCGCGGCCUCAUGCACGCGUACUGGGCGCCCAACUUCUGGGCUCUCUACACCCUCGCAGACAAGCUCCUCGCUGCUGCAUCUUCGGCAGCAGGCUUGGCAGGAGGUCCGGGAGUGGAAGGGAGGGGCGGGUGGACUCGGGGGUUAGUGGGGGAUGCAGUGGGGUUCAGUGUGGUGCCGCAGGUGACGCCGCUGGUGUCUCUACUGCUGGUGCUGGCUGCAAUGGCGCCCGUGCUGAUGCAUAUAUGGCUCCGACCCUUUGCCUACCUCUGUGGUGCUCACACUGAUGCUGCUGGCAGGGAUGGUGCUGACAGUAACGCUGGUGAGAGAGAUGGUGGCAACAAGGAUCGGAGGGAGGGUAGGGGGAGUGAGCGCCAUGGCGUGCCCACAGGGGAGCGGCGGCGGUGGAGCAUACAGGCCAUAGCAGCAGCGCUGGCGCAUGUGUUUCUGAGUGCGUUCUUACUGGGAUGGCACGUGCAUGAGAAGGCCGUGCUGCACCUCCUGCUGCCGCUCUCCCUCCUCGCCUCUGCCUCGCCCGCAUGGGCCUCUGAGUUCCUCAUUCUCGCCACCGGUGAGUGCAUGAUCGUAGCCCCUCCGUUCCUCUCUCACAUUUCAGCCCGUCAUGAUCUCUCUCACCCAUUUCCGCUCUUGCCUUCCUUUGCCUGGCGUGGCCUUGCCAUGCCUGUCUUGACGUACCUCUCCUUGCCCUGCCUGGGUGUGCCGUACCUCUGUUCUCUCGCCCAUCUUUAUGCUGUGUGUCUGCGUCAUCCUAGAACUCACCCCCUCGCUACCCUCUGA